AUGGCUCAAGCUUUGGAACAUCAGCCGAAUGUUGGUGAGAAUGUUGCUUCUCACAAUUUGGUUACCUUCCAAAGGGAGAAUCCACCUAUUUUCAAAGGCACUCAUGACCCUGAUGGCGCAUUGACAUGGCUUAAGAAGAUUGAGAUCACUUGGGUUGUGUUCCGUAGGGAGUUCUUGAGGAAGUACUUUCCUGAGGAUGUCUGUGGCAAGAAGGAAAUCGAAUUUCUUGAGUUGAGGCAAGGGAAUAAGUUGGUUGUGGAGUAUGCUCCUAAGUUUGGAGAGUUGGCAAAGUUUUACCAACACUAUGAUGGACCAACGGGUGAAUUUUUGAAGUGUAUCAAGUUUGAGAGUGGGUUGCAUCCAGAAAUCAAGAAGGCGAUUAGUUACCAGAAGAUUCGUGUCUUUUCUAAUUUGGUUGAUAGUUGUCGGAUUUAUGAGGAGGAAAACAAUGUUCAUUAUCGGGUUAUUAGUGAGAAGUGGGGCAAGAGCCAACAAGGUCGUGGCAAGCCAUAUGAUGCUCCAAUUGGCAAAGGGAAGCAGAAAGCUAUUGAGGGCAAGAGGACUAGUGGGGGAGAUGCACCUGCUGGUAUUACGUGCUUCAAGUGUGGCAAGGCUGGCCAUAAGAGCAAUGUGUGUACAGAUGAUGCCAUGAGGUGUUACUGUUGUGGUGAUAUUGGAUAUACGACACCUGCUUGCAAGCAUAAGAAGAUGGUGUGUUUCAACUGUAGUGAAGAAGGACACAUUGGAAGUGUGUCAGAAACCAAAGAAGGAGCAAGCUAG